AUGGGCUCCACGGUAGUUUUGAUCUUUUCAGUUUUAGGUAUCUAUGCUGCAUUUCUAACAUGGUCUCUCGUGUAUGAGCCAUUAACCACGCGAGAGUGGCCCAACUCCCAAAAUCGGUUCCAAAAGCCAUGCAUUGUGGCAUUGGUGCAAGCGGUAGUUGCUGCGAUCACAGGCCUAAUAUACAUGCGUUGCAAGUGCACCAAAUACAACGCGAAGAAGCUCCUACGAGAUAACUACAGGCAGUUAUUUUUAAUAUCGUUAAUGCAGAGUACCUCGGCACCUUUGGCCACAUACGCAUUACAGUAUGUCGACUUCUUAACCUAUAUGCUGGCGAAAAGUUGUAAACUAAUACCUAUUUUAGUGGUGAGUCUUUUAGUAUACCGCACUCAAGUUCCUCUCGAUAAAAGAGUAGUGGCCGUUGUAGUGACACUCGGUGUACUCAUUUUCAACUUGGGUUCGAGGAAAAGUAGAACGCAGGGUACAGAUAUUCAUAUUGGUUAUCUGAAAGGGUUUUCGAUGUUAACAUUGAGCCUUCUCCUCGAUGGCUUUACAAACGCUACACAGGACAACCUCCUCAAACGUAACAGAUCUGAAGGAAGGCAUAUCAUCACUGGAGCACACCUAAUGUUUGGUCUCAACUUAUGCAUAGUAAUAUGGAACAUCUUGUUCCUUAUCUUCAUAGACCCUGAUCAGGGCCGUAGCGCUCGAUCUAUGAUAGCUAUGGACCCGGAAAUAAUGCUUUACUUGUUUACCUACGCAAUCUGUGGUGCGUUAGGUCAAAUUUUCAUCUUUUUCACUCUAGAGCAGUAUGGCUCUCUCGUCUUGGUCAUGGUUACUGUGACAAGAAAAAUGUUUUCGAUGAUUUUAAGCAUUGUAGUAUAUGGCCACCAUGUAACGGUUAUGCAAUGGAUUGGCAUAAUGAUAGUAUUCGGCGGCAUAUCUACGGAGGCCAUGCUUAAAAGAAGAUCUUCGAUCAAGCCCAAAGCCGAAUAA